GCGCACACUCUCGUUAUCCCUUUUCUCUUUUUUAUACACUCCUCUCUCCUUUGUGAAUGUGAGACAUAACUGAUUCUCUUGUGUCUUUAGCCUUCAAGAUGCACAAGCCCGACUUUGUUCACAUUUUGCUGGAUUCCAAAAGUGUGUUGCCUUGUUUGUCUUUGAUUGUCUCAGUUCAAGUGUUUGAAUAAUUUCAGGAGGUCUACACGAAUUGUUGCCAUUAUAUUCUUCUAAGAAGACAAAAGAAACAAAACAUAGAAAAUUUACUCCCACCCACAGGCAAGAAAACAGGGGAGAACGAAAGAGAGCGAGAGAGGGAGGGAGAAUGCGUGUGAGAGAGAGACAGGAAGAGAGACAGAGGGUAAGAGAGGGAGAACAGUCGAUGGAUGCUGCUUGGACAGAUUGGGUGGUAUAUUCUGCAUGCUGCAGGUAUGGAUGGCAAAGGAAGACACAUUCCUCCAGCAAUGGUAUGGUGUGAGAGAGGCAUCCAGGUGCUUCUCACCACUGUGGGUGCCUUUGCUGCAUUUGCCCUGAUGACAGUGGCCAUCGGCACAGACUAUUGGCUAUACGCACGUGCCUUUAUCUGCAACAGCACCGCCAACACCACUCAGGAUGACCCUCACAACAAGGACAAGAAAGACCCUGGAGCCCUCACCCACUCUGGCCUCUGGAGGAUCUGCUGCCUUGAAGGGUUAAAAAGAGGCAUGUGCUCCCAGAUCAACCAUUUCCCAGAGGAUGCUGAUUAUGACCAGGACGCUGCAGAAUACCUCUUACGUGUAGUCAGGGCCUCUAGUAUAUUCCCCAUUCUCAGUGCUAUACUGUUGCUGCUAGGUGGAGUUUGUGUUGCAUCCAGUCGCUUCUACAAGAGCAAGAGACACAUUAUCUUGGGAGCUGGCAUUCUGUUCGUGGUAGCAGGCCUGAGUAACAUCAUUGGUGUGAUCGUGUACAUCUCAGCAGCACUGAGUGACAUCUCACCAAAGAAGGACGAAGACAAGAAGUGGCACUACUCCUACGGCUGGUCUUUUUACUUCGGUGGCCUGUCGUUCAUCCUAGCUGAGGUGGUGGGUGUGCUAGCCGUUAACAUCUACAUCGAGCGCAACAAGGAGCUGCGUUGCCGCUCACGUGCUGACCUCUUCCACAGCACUACGUCAGCUGUGCUGCGGCUACCCUCUUACCGCUUCCGGAGGGGCCGCCGUUCCUCACGCUCCAGUUCACGCUCUACAGCUGAACCUCCACGUUCAUGUGACCCCUCACCUCCUGGCCUUGGUGUCAAGAACUUCAGCCCACCAUUAGCCACCGGCCCACCGCCAUUCUCGGUGGCUACAUUGCCUAAUCCGCACACACAUUCGGGAGGAGGCGGAGUUGGGGACAUCUCCAUGUACACGCUGGGCAGGGAAGGUAAGCCACCAAUGUACGGAACAGUGGACCGUGCUUCUCUCUACCAGCUUCACAACUACUUCCCGACAAAGGAAGGAGGAGCAGGGACACUCAUGACUGGGACGUUGCCAUCGCUUUCCAAAUCAAACCUGGCUUCAUCAGCUAACGCCCCGUCUUCCUCUGGUCCUGGGGUUCAAUCAUCCUCACUUACAGCUGGGAAUACGGCGACUAUGGAGAGGGAUAGGGGGCUUGGUACGCUGGAUCGGCUGGGGAAAGGUGAUAGCAGCAACACCAACACUCUCAACAGGAGAACGACCCCUGUGUAAUCCGUGACUCCGGAAAAAAAAAAUCAUGGUUUGGUUGGGCUGGGGCAGUGGUGGGGGUGGGUUAAGAAAAGAAAACGAAAUAGAGUGCUCUUGCUUGGUCAGCUGGCAAAAGGCAAUAGCUACAACAUCAACGUGAUGGACAAGACAGCACUCUUGGUAUUUGUUGGGGUUGGGGGUUUGGGAGGCACUCAAAAAGAAAGGCAUAUAGAAAAAGGACAGAUUGGGAGAGAUGGUAGAGGAAACAUGAUGAUCUUAACUGAGACAGGCAAGGAGGGUUAGGAAGAGGAAGCGUGGGAGGUAUAGAGAGAGAGAGAGAGAGAGAGAGAGAGAGAGAGAGAGAGAGAGAGAGAGAGAGAGAGGAUGACUCAGAGUAUACUGAGAAAAGAGAAAUAAGCCAAUCAUCCUCUUUUUCUCUCUUCAUAUCUGUUUUCAAACAUGGUGACUUUAGUCAUAAAUAGAGAUACAUUCGCACUUUUACUGAUUCAUGUCAAAAUACUUGAUGUGCGUGAUGGUGGUCUUACUUUGGUCUCUUCUGAGUCCAGUGCUUUAUCAUCAGGUUUGUGCCUGUUACUUAUUUAGCAUUCCAAUAUAGUCACUCUUAUUAUUGUAGAUCUUAAUGUUUGGGUUACUGGAAUUCCCUUUUGUUAUAAGAUUUGUUAUUUCCUUUAUUUAAAUUUUGGCAUAUGAACUAAACUGUGAUUUAUUUUUUUUCUUGCACACACUGACAAUAUUUUGUAUCAUUCUGUGUCAAGGAAGUGCAUAUUUGUGAGGUUUUGUGACAUUAUUGGCGUCAUCAGUCAUCAUCAUUGUUUUAUUAUUAUUAUUAUUAUUAUUAUUAUUAUUAUUAUUAUUAUUAUUAUUAUUAUUAGUAGUAGUAGUAGUAGUAGUAGUAGUAGUAGUAGUAGUAGUAUUAUGUCACUUUCACAAAGACAAUAUGUAGACUUGUGAACCUUUCCUUAAUUGUAAUUGUAGGUGUAUUAAUAGUUGGAUUCCAUAUGAAUAUGUUUGUUUAAAUUACUAAAAUGAGUCUCCUUAAUAUUUUUUGCAUUGGGUUGAGAUGUAUGAUGAACUGUAUACCAGAAAACUGAGUUUCAGGAAAGGACAAAAGUAAAGACAAAGUGUGAAACUUAAGACUUUUGUCAGAGGAGCAAUACUUAUACCUAUAAAACCUCACCAGAAAAGACAAAAAACUAUCAAACUA